AUGGCUCAGUCAAUCGUUUGUCAUGUUAUGUUGCUUAUGGUGGUGAUGUUGUUAGCAAUUGGUGAGGCGGCAACCCCACCGGGAAUUGCUAACAACCCUAGCCAUGCAACUUGUAAAGACCCAAGUUACAAAGAAUGUCACAACCUCGUGCAUGUUUGUCCUAAGUUUUGUGAUAAUGGAUGUACCGUUCACUGUCAGUCGUGCAAACCUAUUUGUAUAGGCUCCACUACACCAUCAACGCCAGAGAUAGAACCUCCACCAUCUUCACCUCCCGCCAUUACUCCGCCAUCUCCAACUACUCCCACUCCCACACCACAAACACCUUCACCACAUGCGUACUCACCACCUCCCACCGCUCCUUCACCACCGACUCCAUCAUCACCACCUCCCACCGUCCCUUCAUCUCCAACACCGUCAUCACCACCUCCUACCACCCCUUCUCCACCAACACCCUCCUCACCACCUCCCACCACCCCUUCACCACCAACUCCAUCCUCACCACCUCCCACUGUCCCUUCACCUCCAACACCGUCCUCACCGCCUCCUACCACCCCUUCUCCACCAACACCAUCCUCACCACCUCCCACUGUCCCUUCACCUCCAACACCGUCAUCACCACCUCCUACCACCCCUUCUCAACCAACACCCUCCUCACCACCUCCCACCAUCCCUUCACCGCCAACUCCAUCCUCACCACAUCCCACUACCCCUUCACCACCAACUCCAUCCUCACCACCUCCCACCGUCCCUUCACCUCCAACACCGUCCUCACCGCCUCCUACCACCCCUUCUCCACCAACACCAUCCUCACCACCUUCCACCGUCCCUUCACCUCCAACACCGUCAUCACCACCUCCUACCACCCCUUCUCAACCAACACCCUCCUCACCACCUCCCACCACCCCUUCACCACCAACUCCAUACUCACCACAUCCCACCACCCCUUCACCACCAACUCCAUCCUCACCACCUCCCACCACCCCUUCACCACCAACACCGUCAUCACCACCUCCCACCAACCCUUCUCCACCAACACCAUCCUCACCACCUCCUACCAGCUCUUCUCCACCAACACCAUCCUCCCCACCUCCAACCACCCCUUCAUCGCCAACUCCAUCCUCACCACCUCCCAUCAUCCCUUCACCUCCAACACCGUCCCCACCACCUCCUACCACCCUUUCUCCACCAACUCCAUCCUCACCACCUCCUACCACCCCAUCACCGCCAACAGAUUCCACACCUCCAACUCCAUACUCGCCACCUCCUACCACCCCUUCACCUCCAACAGAUUCCACACCACCAACUCCAUCCUCACCACCUCCCCCCACUCCUUUUCCACCAACAGAGUCCACCCCUCCAACACCGUCCUCACCACCUCCCCCCACUCCCUCCCCAUCAACUCCUCAAUCACCGCCUACCCCCACACCUUCUUCCCCAUCACCUUCUACGUGGGUCCCUACUCCACCAUCUCAACCAAAGAAAGCCAAGUGCAAAAACAACAACUAUCCCCAAUGUUAUGCCAUUGAGCAUGUCUGUCCUGCUUCUUGUCCUAAUCAAUGUACGGUUGAUUGUGUUACUUGCAAGCCAGUUUGCACUUGCGAUAUGCCGGGGGCUGUGUGCCAAGAUCCUCGCUUCAUUGGUGCUGAUGGCAUCACUUUCUACUUCCAUGGAAAGAAAGAUAAAGAUUUUUGUCUUGUUGCCGAUAGCAACCUCCACAUCAAUGGCCACUUCAUUGGCAAGCGGAACAAAAACAUGGGCCGAGAUUUUACUUGGGUUCAAUCUAUUGGCAUUCUUUUUGACAACCACAAACUAAAAAUCAGUGCUCAAAAAACUUCCAACUGGAACGACGACAAUGAUCGUAUCUCCAUCACAUUUGAUGGGGAAACCAUCCUUCUACCAGAAACCGAAGGUUCCAAAUGGCAGUCUUCCUCAACAUCAAUCACUCGGAUUCAAGAUACCAACAACAUCGUUGUUGAAGUUGAAAACCUAUUCAAGAUCACUGCCAAAGUGGUUCCAAUAACAACAGAAGAAUCAAGAAUCCAUAACUAUGGUAUAACCGAUGAUGAUUGCUUUGCUCAUCUUGAUCUCAAGUUCAAGUUCUUCUCGUUAAGUGAUGAAGUGGAUGGUGUUUUGGGACAGACUUACAGGAGUGACUAUGUGAGCAAGGUGAAAAUGGGCGUGUUAAUGCCUGUGAUGGGUGGAGACAAUAAGUUUGCAAGUGCAGAUUCGUUUGCGACUGAUUGUUCUGUGGCCAAGUUUAUUGGUAGCAGCCAUGAACAAUAUGGUUCUUCUUUGAAUCCGGAAUUGCCAAGCCUGAGGUGUCAAAGUGGUUUGAACGGACGAGGGGUCGUUUGCAAGAGAUAGAUUUUUCUGCUUCUUGUUACUCGUAUACUUUAUAUAAUUACCAAGUGUAACAAAGAUGUGUAAGAGAAUAAGGAACAUAGCUUCCGAGAUAUUGACUCAAUAAAAUGCGACUUUUAUCCCAA